AUGGCGCGGGAGGCGACGGCGGCGACGGCGGCGACGGAGGCGGAGCGCGCGUUCAGGGCGAAGUACGGCGACGAUCUGCGACCGAAACCGCGGUUGAUCGCGACGGACGUGAAACACUUCGACAGCGCGGAUUGGGCGAUGCGGAAGAGCGCGGAGGAGGCGCGGCGGCGGGACGCGGGCGGGACGGCGGCGACGAGGAGCGAGGGGCGCGCGAUGGGGGAGGGGACGACGGAGGACAGCGCGAGGGAACCGGACGAGCGAGGCGCGCGCGAGGGGGACGCGACGUCGACGCGGGAGGGGGACGGAUGCGCGAGCGAAGGCGCCGACGGUUGA